GUCCAGCUCCUCCUCCCCAAGCCGCCAGGGCCUGCUGGGGGGCUGCUGCGAUCCAGCAAGCUCCACUAGGUCGGUGCGUGGAGGAGAGCCCGGUGGGGGAUGGCUCUCUCGGUCUCCGGGGUCUGCGGCAUCUCGGGGGCACCUGUGUCCUCUCCACGGGCCUCGGUUGUCGUGUCUGUCCAGCGGGGGCGAGGAGAGGGGAUGCCAGGAGGUGAGAGCGUGUAAGCCCCUGCCGAGGCCUGCCAACACCGCCCUACAUGUCAGCCUCCCCUGAUCUGGGGCCCAUCAGGUCAGUGGCCGCUGGCAGGGCCUUGGGGGUCACCGCUGCCGCGAUGGACUCGCUGGCAGCGCCCCGAGACCGCCUGGUGGAGCAGCUGUUGUCCCCACGGACCCAGGCUCAGAGGCGGCUCAAGGAUAUCGACAAGCAGUACGUGGGCUUUGCCACCCUGCCCAACCAGGUGCAUCGGAAGUCUGUGAAGAAGGGCUUCGAUUUCACGCUCAUGGUAGCUGGUGAGUCGGGCCUGGGGAAGUCCACACUAGUCCACAGCCUCUUUCUGACAGACUUGUACAAGGAUCGGAAGCUGCUCAGUGCAGAAGAACGCAUCAGCCAGACUGUGGAAAUCCUGAAGCACACUGUGGACAUUGAAGAGAAGGGGGUCAAGCUGAAGCUGACCAUCGUGGACACCCCAGGCUUCGGGGACGCUGUCAACAACUCCGAGUGCUGGAAACCCAUCACCGACUAUGUGGACCAGCAGUUUGAGCAAUAUUUCCGUGACGAGAGCGGACUCAACCGCAAGAACAUCCAGGACAACCGAGUGCAUUGCUGCCUGUACUUCAUCUCCCCUUUCGGGCAUGGGUUGCGGCCCGUGGAUGUGGGGUUCAUGAAGGCCCUGCACGAGAAAGUCAACAUUGUGCCCCUAAUAGCCAAAGCCGACUGCCUGGUCCCGGGAGAAAUCCGCAAGCUGAAGGAGCGGAUCCGGGAGGAGAUCGACAAGUUUGGGAUCCACGUUUACCAGUUCCCUGAAUGCGACUCAGACGAAGAUGAAGAUUUCAAGCAGCAGGACCGGGAACUGAAGGAGAGUGCACCCUUCGCUGUGAUUGGAAGCAACACGGUGGUGGAGGCCAAGGGGCAGCGGGUUCGAGGUCGCCUGUACCCCUGGGGGAUCGUGGAAGUGGAGAACCAGGCGCACUGCGACUUUGUGAAGCUUCGCAACAUGCUGAUCCGCACGCACAUGCAUGACCUCAAGGACGUGACCUGCGACGUGCACUACGAGAACUACCGUGCACACUGCAUCCAACAGAUGACCAGCAAACUGACCCAGGACAGCCGCAUGGACAGCCCCAUCCCCAUCCUGCCUUUGCCCACUCCUGAUGCUGAGACAGAGAAGCUCAUCAGGAUGAAGGACGAGGAGCUAAGGCGUAUGCAGGAGAUGCUGCAGAAGAUGAAGCAGCAGAUGCAAGACCAGUGACCAGCCCCCCCUUCCUCACAGCCCCAUGUGGCCACAAAGAGAACUGCCAGUCUCUGGGCUGGCCCUUCCCACCCCUGAACCCCAACUGGUCUGGCCUCUCCCCUGGACUCAUCUGGACCUCCAACCGGCCCGGACAUGCCCCUAACCCCGGAGUGGCUCAGAUGCGGACUGUUCCCCAACCGAGCGAGAGGCAGGGGCCGUACCCCCCUGCCACCCCUAAUUUAUUCUCAGCGUCAACCCCUCCCAUCAAAGGCAUCUGCUUCCAGGGAGUCUAGACCGCAGCCCCCCACCCUGCAACAGGCCCCUCUGGUCUUGGGGAGCAGGAGCUAAAACAGAGCUGAGACCAAACCCUGGGUCUCAGCAGACUGACUCCAGCCUUACUCAGGUGGGCAGGUAAACCAAGGCACAGUGGGGAAGCAGUUCAAGGCUCCCAGGCCCAUCCCAGGGACAGAGCCGCAGUGCGGACUCAGGAGCCUCCCACCAACACACACAGCAUAUGCUGGGACCUCACUGUGCCAAGAGGGCCCAGUUCCCCCCCCACACACACACACCCACUCACCUAUUCACCGGCCCCUUGGUGGGCACGGUGCUAAGUCGGCCUGGGCAGCUGAAGCCAUUAGGAUCCUUUCAGACCUAAGAAGGUGGGGAGGGCAGCUGGCAGGAGCUCCAGGAUUGCCGUGCUGGAUCACCCAUGCCCCUGACCUUGGAGCUGUGGCUGGUGGGUGAUAUCCACUGCCCCUGCACCCCUAUACCCCUUCUGUGCUGGUGCUGAAGGUCCCUCCUUCCCAGCAGCACCUUUGCCGGUUCCAGAGCCAAAACCACCUCCCUUCAUCCUUCCCUUUCACCCCGCAUGGUCCCUCCCCCCCCCCAAAAAAAAAUCCCUCCUCUCCUGUUUUGUCUCCCAUCGUGAAUGCCACCUCCUGUCCUGGUGAUGGGAGAACAAUAUUGGUGACCAUU